UUUAGAUGUCGCUGCAGAGGCAGAACUUGUCGAUCAGGCAAAGGACAGGAAAAGGAGGAGGAUCCGGGGAGAUCAUGGCCGAAGAAGAAGAAGAAAACUCGCAAACUCGCCAAGGUUUGCAGGAACUGGUUGACCAGCUGUACCAUUUUCGAGAUCAUUACUUUGAGAGCCACAGUGUAGAAGAUGCUGGGAAAAAACAGCAGGAUGUGCGAGAGAAGAUGGAAAAGACUCUUCAGCAAAUGGAAACAAUGGAAGGCCUCUCUAAGGGUCGGGCUCAGACCCUGAUGCUGAAGGGAAAAGCUUUGAAUGUGUCUCCAGAUUACAAUGCCCAGGCUGAAGAGCUGCUUUCCAAAGCCGUCAAGCUUGACCCAGAACUGGUGGAAGCCUGGAAUCAGCUGGGGGAGGUUUACUGGAAAAAGGGUGACGUCUCUGCUGCCCACACAUGCUUUUCGGGAGCUCUCAGUCAUUGCAAGAACAAGGUCUCGCUGCAGAAUCUCUCUAUGGUCCUCCGUCAGUUGCGCACAAGCUCUCCCGACGAUCAUGCUCAGAACGUGAUGGACAGCGUGCGGCAGGCUAAACUAGCUGUGCAGAUGGAUGUGCGCGAUGGCCGCUCCUGGUAUGUUCUGGGCAAUGCCUACCUCUCCUUAUUCUUCAAUACCGGGCAGAACCCCAAGAUCUCCCAGCAAGCAUUGAGUGCCUAUGCCCAAGCAGAGAAAGUGGACCCUACUGCAUCUUGCAAUCCUGAUCUACACCUGAAUCGAGCUACGCUGCAUAAAUAUGAAGAAAACUACAUGGAAGCGCUGGAGGGUUUUGCACGGGCCGCAGCUCUUGACCCAGCUUGGUCCGAACCACGGCAAAGAGAGCAGCAGCUCCUAGAUUUCCUAGGCAGGCUAACUAGUCUCCUGGAAAACAAGGGAAAGGUAAAAGGCAAGAAGCUGCAAAGCAUGAUAGGAAGCCUGCGUCCCUCCCAACUGGGCCCUUGUGGUGACGGCCUUUAUCAGGGGCCCUCGGGUCAGAAGGUGGAACUAGAGCAGCGGCCCCUCAGUGCUUUACGGCCUGGUGCUAACUCCGGCACAGUUGUGCUGGGAAAGGUGCUAUUCAGCCUGACCACAGAAGAAAAGGUGCCCUUUACGUUUGGCCUGACCGACUCCUUCGACGGCCCUUGUUUUGCUGUUACUGUUUACAACAUGGCACAAAGCUGGGGGGUUCUGAUUGGAGACUCUGUGGCCAUUCCUGAACCUCAUCUUCGGCACCAUCACAUCCAGCAUCAAGGCAAGAGUUUCGAUUUCUCUGGCAUCCGGGUGGAAACCCCUUUGCUGCUGGUGGUGAAUAGCAAAGUGCAAGGAGCCCAGAGCCAGGCUGCUGCCACUGUGGCCUACCAGGCACAGAGCGAAUGAGGACGCGAUGGAGGAGAAAAGAGUUUGCAAAGAGAGAACUGCUCCCUCCCUCCAGCGGUGCUUGGUCCCUGCUACCUCUCAGAAGAUGUUAACCCAGGCAUGUGCAAACUUUGGCCCUCCGGGUGUUUUGGACUUCAACUCCCACAAUUCCUAACAGCCCGAAAGACACACAACAACCCAGCCGGUAGGCUGUUAGGAAUUGUGGAGUUGAAGUCCAAAACACCCGGAGGGCCAAAGUUUGUACAUGCAAAAUCUUUUUUUUUAAACUUAUAACAUUUCUGGGCAUUAGAAAAUGGAGUAAGAGAAGCAGAGAAAAGGGUCGCAGGGGGCGUAACCCCCACUUAGGCUUUUAACCCUCUUGUUUUGUUCCUUGUCAAUUCCACAGCAACUGACCCUGUGCCUUAAUCCAUUGCUGUAUUAAAGUUAUGCUUCCUGAGCCAGGUUAAAGGCUUUCCUAGCCACGUUGCUUCUCUUUUUCUCUGACCCUUCCCAUUGGGAACCGUCGGCCCAUUUUAUUUGAACGUAGGCACUCACUUUCCUUGCGCUCUUCUGUUUGUUUAUCUUUGUGUGUGUGUUUUUGUAAGCUCCAUUGGGUUGAAUCCCAUCUGAGUCAUAUUUAUUGGAAAUACCACUGAAGACAGUACUGAAAUGCCAGUGUUUUCAGUGGGUCUGCUGUAAAUGUGACGAACCAGGAUCCAAUCCGAUGUAUUUUAUUUUGUAUAUAUAGGCAAUAAUAAUAUCCAUAUUUAUUUGGUAAAAUGAUGAGAUUGUUUCUGUAAUUUUAUAUAUAAUUUUCCAGAUUUCUGGCCUUUUUUCCCCCUUGCCCCUACCAAUAAAUUGUAUUUGUUACCA